GUAUUUUUCGAAUAUCAAAUGUCAAAAAAUUCAGACUGAAAUUGAUUUUGUAUUAUCUGCUCUCUGAGUAAAAGUGUUCUGUGGUUAUCUGUGCAAUGUACAUGGUAUGGUGUUAGGAACCGAACAGCAAUUAUUACAUUAAUAUUUUUUAAAUUGCACAUAUUACGUAUAGAGAUACCACCAUGUCGAUGAUGAAGACAAAUAUGCUGGUUCGCUCGCUAAGCACUUCAUCAGCUGCAGCUCAACUUGUCAAACCUCCUAUACAAGUUUUUAGUUUGGAGGGCAGAUAUGCCUCAGCUCUGUAUUCUGCAGCCUCAAAAAGCAAGGCCUUGGAUACAGUUGAGAAAGAACUCACGCAGUUUCAGCAAUCCAUUAAAACUGAUGCCAAAUUGAAAGAGUUCAUCGUCAACCCUACUCUUAAAAGGGCUUUGAAAGUAGAUGCUAUAAAACACUUAUCUUCUAAAACAAGCUUGUCUCCAACCACAGGCAAUUUACUGGGGCUUAUGGCUGAAAAUGGACGAUUGGGCAAGGUUGAGGGUGUUAUCAAUGCAUUCAAAAUGAUGAUGGCAGCUCAUCGAGGAGAGGUUGCAUGUGAAGUCAUCACUGCCAAACCCUUGGAUCAAACUCAAAAGCAGAAUUUGGAAAGUGCUCUCAAGAAAUUCCUCAAAGGCAGUGAGACCAUACAACUUACCGCCAAAGUCGACCCUGCAUUGAUUGGAGGUAUGAUUGUGUCUAUUGGAGAUAGAUAUGUGGACAUGAGCAUUGCCUCCAAAGUUAAAAAAUUGACAGAAGUCAUCAGUGCUGCUGUUUAAUUUGGCAUAAAUAAAGAGAACCAUGUGUAGCCAGACAUUAUUUAUGUGGUUGAGAGUAGUCAUGUUCUAUAUUACUUAAAAAUAAUAUAAGAGAAGAUCAAACCAG